CUGGCAACGCCGCCCCGUGACGUCAGAGCUGGGUGGGGGCAGCCGCGCGCCCCGGCUCUCUGUGCGGCCCAGUUCACAGUUGACUGUUGAGGGAGCGGCCGAGAGGAGAGGAGCGUGCGACCUGACAAAGAAUCGUCCGCAAUGGAAGCAGUUAAGGACGUGACGGAGACGGUGACUGUGGACCUGGGUGCACUCCUGGAUGCUGGGGACGACGCCAUGGUGAUACUCGAGGCAGCUGACACUCGGCUGGUGGUGCACAGGGCCGUCCUGGCGGACAGGAGCCCCGUGUUUGCGGCCAUGUUCGCCCACGACACCCUCGAGACGAGCACUGGCGUGGUGAGGAUUGCCGACGUGGGGGGCCCGGUGCUGAGGCAGCUGGUCUCCUACCUGUACACCCUGCGGGCCCCCCAGCUGCCCGGCACGGCCCCCCAGCUGCUGGCCGCAGCGGAUAAGUACGGGGUGUCGCGGCUGAAGGCGGAGUGCGAGCGGCAGGUGGCCGCUCAGCUGACCGUGGAAACCGCGGCGGCCACAGCCGUCCUCGCAGUCCGCCACUCCUGCGGUGACCUCAGGCGAGCCGCCAUCGAAUUUAUUAAGGCACGUACCCACGAGGUGAUGGCCACUCAGGGGUGGACAGAUGCGAUGCGGAAGCAGCCGGAAGACUUGAUCGAAGUGAGCCGAUUGCUGUAUGAUCCACCACCAAAAAGCAGCGCACCAGUCGUUACGGAGCUGAGUACCACAACCAGAACCACCACCACCUCCGCCGCUGCCGCCACCUCUGCCAGCGCACCUCGCCAGACACCUGCUGCUGCGCAGCCCACGACUACUCAACCUGAUGAGGCCACUGUCUCUCAAAUGCGCGCACCAGUCGUUACGGAGCUGAGUACCACAACCAGAACCACCACCACCUCCGCCGCUGCCGCCACCUCUGCCAGCGCACCUCGCCAGACACCUGCUGCUGCGCAGCCCACGACUACUCAACCUGAUGAGGGCACUGUCUCUCAAAUGCGCGCACCAGUCGUUACGGAGCUGAGUACCACAACCAGAACCACCACCACCUCCGCCGCUGCCGCCACCUCUGCCAGCGCACCUCGCCAGACACCUGCUGCUGCGCAGCCCACGACUACUCAACCUGAUGAGGCCACUGUCUCUCAAAUGCGCGCACCAGUCGUUACGGAGCUGAGUACCACAACCAGAACCACCACCACCUCCGCCGCUGCUGCCACCUCUGCCAGCGCACCUCGCCAGACACCUGCUGCUGCGCAGCCCACGACUACUCAACCUGAUGAGGCCACUGUCUCUCAAAUGCGCGCACCAGUCGUUACGGAGCUGAGUACCACAACCAGAACCACCACCACCUCCGCCACUGCCGCCACCUCUGCCAGCGCACCUCGCCAGACACCUGCUGCUGCGCAGCCCACGACUACUCAACCUGAUGAGGCCACUGUCUCUCAAAUGCGCGCACCAGUCGUUACGGAGCUGAGUACCACAACCAGAACCACCACCACCUCCGCCGCUGCCGCCACCUCUGCCAGCGCACCUCGCCAGAGACCUGCUGCUGCGCAGCCCACGACUACUCAACCUGAUGAGGCCACUGUCUCUCAAAUGCGGAGCCUCUCUGCUAAGAAGAGGGGCUGGAGGCUGGUCCAGGCGGCUGAGCAGGGGGCAGUGGCGGAGCUGAGGGCGCUGAUCGCCGCAGGGGACGACGUGGGGGCGAGGGGCGGGUGGAGGGGGUGGACCGCCCUGCACUGGGCAGCAGCCAGGGGAGACGUCGAGGCGGCGAGGCUGCUGGUGGGGGCGGGGGCGGCGGUGGACGCCAGGGAUGAUGAUGGGUGGACGCCGCUGCAUUACGCGGCAGCCAAUGGCCGCGCAGAAGUGGCGGCAGCGCUGCUCGUCGCGGGGGCCGACAGGGGGGCCACAAAUGGUGAUGGGCGGACAGCGCUGGACCUCGCCAGGCGGUACAACAGGAGGCGGCUGUUGGAGAUGCUGUCAUGA